CACGUUUCCAAUCACAUUACGUGAACAAAUAGCGGAGGGGCGGCCGGGCCAGAACGGCUUGUGUAACUUUGCAAAUGUGCCAGAAAGUUUAAAAUCUCUCCUCCUUCCUUCACUCCAGACACUGCCCGUUCGCCGGGGCCGCCACGCCGCUCCCCGUCGCCUUCCAGAAGGACUGAGAAAGAGGAGAGAGGCGAGUGCCACGUCCCAGCAGCCGCCUUUACUGGAGAGGGUCUGCAGCCCACCCUUGGCACUGCUUGGUGGGGACUGAGAUACACGCGAGCCCAGUCCGCCUCCCUAGUUGAAGAUUUCUCCCUCCCUCGCGUGAUUUGAGCCCCGUCUUUUUUUUUUUUUUUUUUUUUCUCCGAGCUACGUCCUCCCGGAGCGGGGACAAUCCAGCAAAGAGAGCGAUGCGCUACGCCUGGACCGCACUCCUGCUCGGGCCGCUGCAGCUCUGCGCACUCGUGCGCUGCGCCCCGCCGUCCGCCGGCCACCAGCAGCCCCCGCGCGAGCAGCCGCCGGCUCCGGGCGCCUGGCGCCAGAAGAUCCAAUGGGAGAACAACGGGCAGGUGUUCAGCUUGCUGAGCCUGGGCGCGCAGUACCAGCCACAGCGCCGACGGGACCCGGGCGCCACCGCCCCGGGCGCCGCCAACGCCACCGCCCCGCAGCUGCGCACGCCAAUCUUGCUGCUCCGCAACAACCGCACCGUGGCGGCGCGGGCGCGGACGGCCGGCUCGUCCGGAGCCGCAGCUGGCCGCCCCAGGCCCGCCGCCCGCCACUGGUUCCAAGCUGGCUACUCGAUGUCUGGGGCCCAGCGCACCGGUAACCAGACGGCGCCAGGAGAGCUCCCGGCGCUCAGUAACCUGCGGCCGCCCAACCGCGUGGACGUGGACGGCAUGGUGGGCGACGACCCGUACAACCCCUACAAGUACACCGACGACAACCCCUAUUACAACUACUACGACACGUACGAAAGGCCCAGGCCUGGGAGCAGGUACCGGCCCGGAUAUGGCACCGGCUACUUCCAGUAUGGUCUUCCGGACCUGGUGCCCGACCCCUACUACAUCCAGGCGUCCACGUACGUGCAAAAGACGGCCAUGUACAACCUGAGAUGCGCUGCGGAGGAAAACUGCUUGGCCAGCUCAGCAUACAGGGCAGAUGUCAGAGAUUAUGAUCACAGGGUGCUGCUAAGAUUUCCCCAAAGAGUGAAAAACCAAGGGACAUCAGAUUUCUUACCAAGCCGACCGAGAUAUUCCUGGGAAUGGCACAGUUGUCACCAACAUUACCACAGCAUGGAUGAAUUCAGCCACUAUGACCUGCUUGAUGCCAGCACCCAGAGGAGAGUGGCUGAAGGCCACAAAGCAAGUUUCUGUCUUGAGGACACGUCCUGUGACUACGGCUACCAUAGGCGAUUUGCAUGUACUGCACACACACAGGGGCUGAGUCCUGGCUGCUAUGAUACCUAUAAUGCAGACAUAGACUGCCAGUGGAUUGAUAUUACAGAUGUAAAACCCGGAAACUAUAUUCUAAAGGUCAGUGUGAACCCCAGCUACCUGGUGCCUGAGUCAGACUAUACCAACAAUGUCGUCCGCUGUGAGAUUCGCUACACAGGACAUCAUGCGUAUGCCUCGGGCUGCACAAUUUCACCGUAUUAGAAAGCAAGCCAAAACUUCCAAUGGAUAAAUCAGUACCUGGUGUUCUGAAGUGGGAAAAAAUAGAUUAACUUCAGUAGGAUUCAUGUAUUUUGAAAGAGAGAACAGAAAACAACAAAGGAAUUUUUGUUUGGACUGUUUUGUAACAAAGCACAUAACUGGAUUUUGAACAUUUAAAUUGGCAUUAUUUGGGAAAUUUUUAAUAUUAUCACUCACAUUACUUUGUGAAUUAACGCAGUGUUUCAAGUCUGUAAUUGCACACUUGGCUCUUUCAAAGAAAUCCAAAUUUCUUAUGCUCCUUCUGAAUUUAUAGUGCAAAAGGAAAAAAAAUAUUUCAAUGAAUGAGUCAAAAUUAUUUUAAACUGAGAAUUUUCUAAAGUUCUGAAACUUUAGUGAACCAUAAUAAUAACUGGCUUUAUAUAUGUCCUAGCAUAGAUUACUUUAGAAAUGAGGCUCCUACUGUUUAAAUAGAUAUGGACACAUUUGGUGCUGAGGAAGGAACAAACACGUUACCAUUGGUGUCAAGAAAUAUUACUAUAUAGCAGAGAAAUGGCAAUAUAUGUAUUCAGAUAGUUACACCCUAUAUAAAAUUUAUGUUUACAUUUUAAAAUUAGUAGAUAAACUCCUUUCUUUCUGUCAAGUGUAAAAUUUCAUUCUGACUUAAGUCAGCUUUUGUUUUGGAAUGAAUUAAGUAAUUGAGCUGCCCAACUCCUGUCUGACCUUUGUUGAUGCUCCCCUCUAUUCUUUAGUUUUCCUACGGGCAGAGACCUUUUAAUUGGCAUUCUUAAAAUUACUGUUCUGGGGACUGCUAUACAUAGGACAGCUAUGUCAAUGGGAAGUCAUUCUGAUGAUAGAUGUAAUACAUCCAGAGAUAGUAUGCAUUUAAGUAUAUUAAACUAUUAGCCAAAAAAGUGUCCUUGCUUACAUGAAAAUCAUUCAAACAAGUCCCCCAAACCACAACUGUCUCUAAAAUACUUAGAAAUAUUAAUGAAAAACACCUUAGGAUUUUCAACUUUUCUACAUUUUUUAAAUGAUCAGCUUUAAAAAGGAUAAGACUGAAAAAUUUUAAAUUAUCCAGAAUAAAUGACAAUGUAUAUGGAUACAAGAACAGUAUCCUAGGUCAUCCAGGAAUCAGUCAUACAUGUUUUUUUUGUGUGUGUCUGAAAUAUAAUACAAAUUAGCGAAGCGCAUAGCAUUAUAUACUUGAGAUGUUGGUGAAUAAGGAAAAAAACCACAACUUUCUGCAAAACCAAGGACUGUAUUGCAUGAGACAGCUGUGAUUUUAUUUUAAACUGUGAAACUAUGUGCCACAACAGAAUUUGGAGAAUUUCUAUUUUUCCAAGAUUCAAAAGGUACAGAAAGAAAUCAAAUUACACUUUUAAGUUAGUGGUGCUUAAGCAGAAGUUUUCCUCCUUUAACCAGUAUUAAAAUCUCAAGCAAGGUAUUUCCAGUGCCAGGACACAUUAGGUAGAAUUUAAAAGUGAGUUGGCAUCCCUGUAUUAUAUGUCAUAGAGUUGUAAUGUCAACACCAGCUACAAAUAACCGUUCUGCACUCAACGAGUGCCUAGCAAGGCAAGAGGGGCUAGAGAUGGACAGUAAUCAAGGGCAGAUAGAGUGGGCCACAUGAUCCUCAUCUGCCAGGGCACACACUUACCAAGAGACAAUACAGACAGCUUGAUAGAGACCCAGAACUUCCACUGAGCUAGUAUCUGAGCUAUGGAAUAGCUUCUUUGAUGUACCUCUUUGCCUUAAAUUGCUUUUAGUUUUAAGAUUGUAGAAUGAUCCUUUUAAAUUGUAAUCUUUUCUAACAGAGAUAUUUUAAUAUACUUGCUUUUUUAAAAACAAAAACUACUGUCAGUAUUAAUACUGAGCCAGACUGGCAUCUACAGAUUUAAGACCUAUCAUUUCAUUAAGAUUCUUACCCCUAUACUAAAAACUAGCUAAUAUCAUGGCCUUUGGAUACAUAUGAGAAGAUAUAUUUACUAUCAUUCCAUGGGCCUUCCAUCUAUCUGUACAUCUAUCAUCAUUUAAAGGCCUAAUAUACACUAGGCACUCACAUGCUAGGCAUUGGGAUAUGAAAAUGAUUGUCCCUAACCUCAAUAAGUAUUUGAAAUGUCAUUAUUACCCAUGAGGUUCAGCUUAUUUCAUUUUUAACAUCAUAAGUACAUGUCUAAAAAAAUUUCUGUUUUAAGCACUAUUGUUUUUCAUGACCAUAUUUUAUUUAAAAAAAGUUAAAAAUGAAUAGAUAUAUGCAUGUAUGUGUUACUAAUAGUUAAAACUAUGUUUCCAAUCCCUGAAGUGUCUGCCUUUUAAAUAUAACACAUACUAUUUCAUUGAUUUUAGAAAAAAAAGUUUCAAUUAAGAGGCUAAAGAUUCUCGCUUAUUCCUUAUAUAAAUAUUCCUCCCCACCCCUAAACACUCCCAAAUAACUCACAAGUAUUGAUUUAACACUCAAUAUUUUUGAACCUCAAGGAAUCUCUUCUCUGAAUAACCACCAAGACCCACAGAUAAUGAUUACCUGGUAAAAUUUAUCCAUUAAUAAAAUAAAAAAUAUAAUCCAGUCUUACCAAAUUCUAAAUAAAAAAUCUUUUAAACAGGAAGUAGAAAUGAUACAAAUAAUGUUGAGUACUGAAAAGAGACUGGUUUUUAAACUAAUAAGAACUGUGAAAAAGUCGGCUAAAUGGGAAGAUAACUUAGUGAGUCUUCCACAUGCCAUAUUAGUGGCCUCAUAAUUAUUCAGACCACAGUCUGUAUUAAAGAUGUCUUGACCUUUGAGGCUAGGAUUCAGUCUCACAACAGUAACCAUAACAUACAAACACAUAACUUGCCUAUUUCCAGGAAAUCUUUAUAUUUUUACAUAAUGACUUUAUUCACAAUUGCUAUCAUCUAAUUAUUCACUAGGCAUUAUUUUUAAUAAUGAACAAUUUUUUUUUCUCCUUGACCUCAUAGGAGAUAAUCACACUCAUAAACGUUCCCAAUACUUAGAUUGUAGAGGAAAUGCAGUUCACUAAAAUUAUCAUGGUACUAAGAAUUUAUCUUUACCAAAUUUGUUAAAAUAUUGAAUUUCUGGUCAGAGAUAUUUUGUUUUAAAAAUAGCUUGUUUUGAUAGUAACAGUAUAACUGAUAAGUAAAAAUUACCCUUUUCUGUAUUUUUUAUGUUUAGAAUUCAUAUUCACAAUCAAUAUAUUCAAUCAAUAGCCACAUUUCAUUCCCAGCUACCAAAAGUCCCGGGCCACUUUUGAACACUUAAAGCAUUUCAUUUAUCCUUCUAGCCAAAAUGGUGCUGAAUUAUUUCAACUUGAAUGUAAAAUGUGUUGUCUUAGCUCACAGGAUAUAAACAUUUAAUAUAUAACUGCUUGCUAUGAACUGAGUAACAUGUGAUUUGGUAUUGUAAUGUUUUUAAUGAAGUUUUAGUUUCUCCCAAAUUUUUCAGGAAUUCUAGUUGUAAAACAUUUUUAACUUUUUUGAAGAGCUCUUAUUUUAAAUGCCCAGACACUGGCUUUAUAUUCUUCUUUACACUCUCACAUUCUUUUAUUAUAUGCCUACACUAUGAUUGCAAGAUUAUGUAAAAAUGCCUUGAAUAAAUGAUUUCAAGUGUC